AUGCUGCGCCCGAGGUCCCUCAGCCCCAGCGCCGACCCCGCGCCCAGCUGGUCACCGCAGCCAUCAGCACCUAGCCCUGCCAAGCGCCCCCGCCUCCACCAGGAGCCCGCGCGCCCCGAGCCCCUGGCUCAGCCCGAGCUGGAAGCGCCCGCCGGGCCCGCCACCAGCGCGCUCACCUCCGUGGUGUUUGUGGCCGCCGGCUGCUCCCUGCAGCUGCGCCUGGAUGGCGUCGACCUGCUGCUGGAGCCUGAGCCCACUUCGGUCCUCCAAGUGUUGCUCCAAGGACACACCAUCCUCCUGGUCCCCGAGGGAUUCCUGACAGGACUCCAGCCUGAACAGCCUGGAUUCGUGGCCACCAGCCAGCAGGGAGCCGCUCCCCAGGACGUGCCCCAGGACCACCUCGUCAGCCUCCAGCAGGAAACCUGUGAGUACUUCUACCAAGAGGAUGUCUGUGAUGAGGAUGCAGACUUGGACUUCCUGGCGUCCUGGGAAAGGCCUCCAGAUGGCCAGGCCGCUGGGAGACUUUCCUCCAUCACAGGGGUGCCCAGUCCUUGGUCUCAGGAGCCUGUCUCAGAGUCUUCCACUGGAGCAGAGAGAUCCAUCUGGGAAUUGGACAGCUACCUGCUGGGACCCUUCCCUGGCUCACCACUGCAGCCUCUGCCUCUAUCUCCUUCCCUAAGUCCCCAAGAGCAGGUUUUGCCAAGCCCUCCCUGCUUUUCCCGCUCUCCCCGGGCCCCUUGCAAAGCCCGGAAGCGACUGGUCUAUGAAUGA